AUGGCGCAGACGGCAGCACUUGUCAAUGAAUACACUUUGCCGCAGGUUUUUAGCAACAAGACUUCGGCGCCGAGCCGAAUGACGAUCAGAGAGUACAAGAAGAUUGGUGAAGGAGCAUUUGGAACGGUGGUCGAGGCGGUGUUGCGCUACGAAGAUGGCGGGGUUCUCUCGGAGCAGAAUAGCAGCAGCAAACUGGGGGCUAGCAACAAAAACCUCAACAAUGGCGGUGCAACCACAAGCAAAGACGAAUGGUUGGGACCAUUUGCCAUUAAGCGAGUGCCCGCUCAAACAGAAUACAAAUCAAGGGAACUUGAAAUCUUGCGCGUGGUCCAGCACCCAAACAUUGUCAGCUUGAGGUUCUUUUUCGACAAAAAAAGCUCGUCCGAUAACAAAAUCUACCAAAACUUGGUGAUGGAAUGCUUACCGUCCAACCUCCAAACAGAGAUUAAGUUUUACCGACAAUCGAAAUAUACCAUCCCUUACCCACAUAUGAAAGCCUACACUUUCCAGUUGGGAAGAGCCAUGUUGUAUUUGCACGGGUUUGGAAUAAGCCAUCGAGACAUCAAACCUUCGAAUAUCCUUGUUGACCCCAACACGAUCAGAUUGAAGAUAUGCGAUUUUGGAUCCGCCAAGAAACUCGAACCGAAUCAACCCUCGGUGAGCUAUAUAUGCUCGAGAUAUUAUCGAGCCCCCGAAUUGAUUGUUGGUUGCUCUUUAUACACCACCAAGAUUGAUAUAUGGGGGUUGGGCUGUGUUGUUGCCGAGAUGUUUUUGGGGAAACCGAUUUUCCAAGGUCUGUCGCCGGAAUCGCAACUCAAGGAAAUUGCCAAAUUGUUGGGUCCACCACCAAACACUUUUUUCUUCAAGAGCAAUCCGCAAUAUCGUGGCAACAUGUAUACAACGAAACUAUUCAGCUGCACCAUUGAAGAAAGAUUUAGACAGAUUUUCAGUAAUUCGCCUGCGGAUGCAAUUGAUUUGUUGAUGAAAAUCUUGGUUUACGAUCCUGAACAACGAGCAAGCCCAAAGAGAGUUAUGGCACAUGCAUUUUUUGAUGAAUUGAAAAGUAGAGAAUUUAAAGUAUACCCGAGAGGUUCUUCGACCCCGAUUGAACUCCAAUUGUUUAACUUUAGUGAUUUUGAAUUGGGGUUAUUGGGUCCAUACAAAGAUGAACUAAAGAUACAUUGA